UCUCUCAUUUUCCCCACAUCCUCCUUUCCAUCAAGUGAGGGGGUAGCUUCCAUCAUGGGAUCGAAGCUCUGGUUCUCAACGGUCCUGCUCGCUUUCGUUUUGGUGACCCUUGGCUUCUCUGCAACUCUACUCCUUCACGGCUCCCACAUAGAGGGGGAAUUAAGAGGCUUGGAUGAAGAGAAGAGCUCUGCAGUCUACAUGUCUCCAGCAUUUGAAUGGCUCAGGAGCACCGUGUUUGGUGUGAAUGGAGGAUGGUUUUCCAGCAGCAGUGAGCCUAAUAAAACCAGCACCACUCUUGUGAUUGCUAACCUAAGCAGUUGUCAUAAUUCACUUACAGAUGCCGAUAGGCCAGUCUUCUGUUGCCCCCCAAAACCAGAAUCGGAGGAGUCUGUCAUAGAUUUCCAGUUCCCUAGCCCUUCCUCACCGAUGCGUAUCCGUCGUCCUACCUACCUUGUCGAUGAAGAGUAUAUUGCCAAGUACGAGAGGGCCGUCUCAAUCAUGAGGAAACUCAGCUACGACGACCCACGUAGCUUUAACCGCCAAGCAAACAUGCACUGCAUCUAUUGCACCGGGGCCUAUAACCAAAUCAAUUCAACAUCCCUUCUCAAGAUCCACAAUUCAUGGCUAUUCUUCCCUUGGCAUCGAGCCAUGAUCUACUUCCAUGAGCGGAUGCUUGCGAAAUUCAUGGGAGAUGACACCUUCGCGUUGCCUUACUGGAAUUGGGAUGCCCCUAUAGGCAUGGUUUUCCCCAGUAUGUACUUGAAUGGAUCUUUCGUUGAUAAGGACCGGGAUCCCUCUCACCUCCCACCCCGAGUCGCCGACGUCAGCUACCACAAAAAGGAGAGCGGUCUUGGGCCUGAGAACCAAAUAUCCACCAACCUUGCUUUCUUGUACACUCAAAUGGUUUCUGGUGCAAAGAAGCCUGAACUCUUUAUGGGCUGCAAGUACAAAGCCGGUAAGGAGGGCUACUGCAUGUCGCCAGGAACAAUUGAGAUUGCUCCCCACGACACGUUGCACUCUUGGGUCGGAAGCAAUCUGCAACCCGAAAGGGAGAACAUGGGUGCGUUCUACUCGGCUGCACGUGACCCUGUCUUCUAUGCUCACCAUGCAAACAUCGACCGACUGUGGAACGUCUGGAAGGGGCUAAGAGGGAACCGGCUUGAGUUUGAAGAUCCGGAGUGGCUCGACUCUUACUUCUACUUCCAUGAUGAGAAUGCCCAACUUGUCCGGAUCAAGAUACGGGAUACCUUGGAUAUGACUAAAUUCAGGUAUACUUACCAGGAGGUGGACCUUCCUUGGCUCAAUGCCCGCCCUAAGCCGUCCAUUUCUCCCAAAAUUGCACGCAACAUAUUGAAGAUGAGAGAGACCCAGAACGGGUCGCAACUGCUGAGUCACACCUUGUCUCCAGACUUUGGUCUGGAGGGUCGCACCCUCGACACUACCAUAAGGACUAAGGUCUCUAGGCCUAAGAUUCACAGAAGCAAAAGAGAGAGAGAGGAAGAAGAAGAGGUUUUAGUCGUGUAUGGGAUUGAUGUUAAGAAGGACACAUAUGUGAAGUUUGAUGUCUUUGUCAAUGUGGUUGAUGAAACCACCACAGGACCUGAGUCUCGAGAGUUUGCAGGAACGUAUGUCAACAUGCGCAGUGGUGUAAGGUUAGUGAGGAAUGAGGGAGAUUCGACAGGGAAGGAAAAGGGCACUCUUAAGUUGGGGAUUUCAGAAGUGUUGGAAGAUUUAGAGGCAGAUGAAGAUGAGUACAUUUGGGUUACUUUGGUGCCGAGAGGUGGGACCGGAGUAAAUACAACCAUUGAUGGGAUUCGGAUUGAAUAUAUGCGGUGAUUGCUGAGCUUUGGAGUCUGGAGUAUUAAAGCAAGGUGAUACACCGGUGUGAGAAUUAAGAUUAUAAACUGGUAGGGAAUCUUUAAUGAAGCCCUGAUAACAGUGUAGGGAAAUGUAUACUGUCUUUGGUUUUCUUUUAGUUUAUAUUUAAAUGAAUGAUAUCCCAUUCUUUUGAUCACAAGGGAGUUGAUCGUCUUGUAUUUGAGAAAGUUAUAUUUGUUAUUUGUUUUUUAGAAACGUAUGAUCUAUGUAAUAUUGUGUAAAGUGUUUGGUCCUUGGGCCAUAGUAGGUGCACGUGUGGGUCAUUGUGGAACUGGUUUGGAGGCCCACCUAUAUUGUAUUAGUUUCCAUUCGAUGUAAGUUGCAUCCCUGUUCACGUUUUUGA